AUGCAAGUAAAGAGAAGUAUACAAGAUAUUGAUUCAACAAUUAGAGAAAUGGACCAGCAGUACGAUGCUAACUUUGGGGAGUGGGUGCGUAGCGAAGAGAACCUAGAUAUUCUCGCUGCCAAUUUCAAAAAGUACAUUACUGAAUACACCGACGAUACUUUUGCUGCCGUGCUGACUUGGGUCACUGGCCAGUGGAAGCCACUAUCGAAGAUUCUUCUCCUAAAGAAGUUAUUCGCUGCCGGAAUCUUCCUCUGCCGAGAGAAGGAGAACUCCGAUACGCCGCGCAAGAAGAUCCAAAUACUUAAGAAGGUUGUUGAACAUUGGACACCCGCUGAUGUCUCAGAUUUAAUUAUAGAGUUCCUAAUAGAUAUGCAGAAAGAAGAGAAAAAGCUCUUUCUGCUUUGGCUGCUUGAAGACUUUGACCAUCGUAAGCUGACUGAAAUCUUCAUCCGUAUCGACAGUAUUGUCGAUUGGUCCCUCAAGAUUAGCAUUAUUAAGAAGAGCCGUAACUUUUCAGAAUUCCCAGAAGGCAACUAA